AUGAAAUCUGCAAUAAAGUUAAUUGUACAAAAAUUGGUUACAACACUUAUAUGCAGUUCGUUCGCAGUUGAAUUGUCUUCAGUCGAAGACUGGAAUAUUGUGUUAAUAACUGUUGGCCAAAAUUCUAAUCGUAUCAAAAGCAGCAUGUCAGAAGACGCUUCUAAAGGACUUCCUGUUUCAUUUCUGAGUAAGAUGGAAAGUCUGUAUUGCGAUAUAAAGCCCUCAUCAUUCUUGUCCAGAAUUGAACAGUAUUGUGGAGAUGCUAAUACCAAUAUUACUGCUCGAGUCUUACCCGAAACAUUAAUCAAUGAUGAUUUUUAUGAAAAAGUUGACGUGCUUGCUGUUUUUAUGCUAACUGAACGUCAAAAUACUGUUGAAACCAUAACAUUGUCUGCGGUUUCUAACUGUCUUACGAAUCAGAUUGCUUACGCCUUAUUUAUAGAACUACCAGUGGGAUGUUCUCGUUUUGCUGCAGUACAGCAAAUAUUGAAGCAGUAUCAUCCACACCACUGUCUACUUUCACGCAGACUUUACCAACUCUUUAUUGGAGAAUACGAAUGGAUUAAAAUAUCAUUUUUACCAAAAAAUCACAUUCGUCAGCUUGAAAUAUUGGAAGUUCUAUCGGAAGAAAAGUUGCCGAGUGAUUUUGGCAGAUUUUUGCAAGACCAUUUGUGGAAGACACAUGAGAACUACCCAUUCAUUGUUCCAAGAAAUGGAAUUGAGGUGGAAAUAAAUCUCAGUAAUGAUACAAAAGUACAGUGUAUUAUAAGACCUCGGCUUGUUGACGAACGAUUUGAAAAAUGUUUUUUAAUUAUUAGUGGUUUUUUUCCUCUAAUUGAGUAUUUGGAGAGGCAAUCAAUGGACGUUCGGUUUCGAAGAUUUCAUGUGAAGGCGAGCAUUCAGAAGGCAGCAAUAAAUUUUGGCGGAUGGAAAAGUGAAAUCAUUGAAUUUUCGUAUGCUAAAUUUCUAUUUGUGUUCCAAGUUUCAUUAAUUGAACGACUGUACAAUUACAUUAUGUACCAUUUCAACAAUUCCAUCUUCUCAUCAGCACGAAAUCUUCUCAUGGUGGGUGCUAAAUCAACAGGAAAAACAUCCAUGUUACAUCUACUUGCAAAAAAGCUGUUGUACUGUCAUUUAGUCGUUUACAGCGAAUAUAUCACUUGCUCUGAUUGGAGCACGAAGGCACCAGAGAAAUUUGAAGAUUUAAUAAAAACCUCUGCGGGGCGUUUGAAGCACCGUCUUCCAUCAAUUCUUUUUUUGGAUAAUUUGGAUUACUUACUCCACGAUGGCGAAGAAGGUGCUAGAAAUCUUCAUAUUGAGAAAUGCAUCGAAUUACACUUUUUAGUGUUGCGGAAACUAGCCAGUGAAGAUAAUUUCUUGGUAUUAGCGACAUCAUGUUCGAAUCAAGCUACUGAACUGUUCACUAGAAAUGGGGGUAAACGAUUCUUUGGUUGCAUGGAAAAAAUUGAAGAAUUGGGCGCAGUAAGUUGCUAA